AUGGUGGAGGGAGAGUAUUGUAAGCCCGAUGUGGUCACCUUCAACACAGUAAGAAAGGGCUUGUGUAUCAAGGGCAACAAUAAUGGAGCUCUUCAAUUGCGUAGGAAGAUGGAGCUAUCUCCAGACUGUAAGCCUGAUGUAGUUUCUUAUAACACCAUCAUUGACAGCCUCUGUAAGGAUGCGCAAAUUGUUGAUGCUAUGAACCUCUUCUCUGAAAUGCUCAGUAAGGAUUUAGGCCAGUGCAAACAAGCUACGAGGUUGUUGAAUGAAAUGGUUAGUAACAAGAUCUUUCCAGAUGUGCACACCUACACCGUCUUGGUAGAUACACUUUGUAAGGAGGGGAUGGCAGUGGAAGCAAAAGGCGUGAUUGAAAUGAUGGUUGAAAGAGAUCUUGAGCCUGAUGCAGUUACAUACAGUGCACUUAUGGAUGGAUACUGUUUGAGAGGCCACAUGGGAGAGAGGCAAGAGAAGGUCUUCAAUCUAAUGGUUAGCAAGGGCUCAAUGGUCAAUGCUUAUAGUUAUAACAUAUUGAUAAACGGGUAUUGUAGGCAUAAAAAGAUUGAAAAUGCCGCGACUCUUUUUCAGGAAAUGUCUUAUGUUCAAACUUAUGCUGUUUUACUGGAUGGCUUAUGCAAAAACCAACAACUUGAUAUGGCUAUAGAAUUGUUUAGAGAAAUGGGAGACAAGAAGGUGGUGCCAAAUAUUGUAGUUUACAAUAUUCUUAUUGAAGGUCUGUGCAUAGCUGGGAAACUUGAAUCUGCUAGAGACCUCUUCUUCAGUUUAUCAUCAAAGGGACUUCCACCUCAGGUUAUAACGUAUAACAUAAUGAUUGGUGGACUUUGUGAUGGAGGCCUAAUUGUUGAAGCAGAAACAUUGCUUGGAGGCUUUCUGGUGAAGGUAUUCUGGAUUUUUUGUAGGCUUCUCAGUGUUGUGUUUUGA